AGAGAGAAUAAACAAUUAAAGUGAGAGAAAGAGAGAGAGGGAGGGCAUGGAGAGAUGAAUAAGUACCCACGCUCUCCUCUAUAUCUUUCUUUUCUUUCUUUUCAAGGCUACUUUAAUUGUAAGAUGUAAACUUGAAAGAGUAAAGAGGAAACUGAUCAUCAUCAGAAAAAAAAAAAAAAGUUAGAUUAGCCAAAAGCAAAGUUAGAGAAGGUAUGUAUGUUAGUAAGUGUGGGAGUCACCUGAUCAACCGUUGUUUCUUUGAAUACAGUGAAGGAGAGAGAGAGAGAGAGAGAGAGAGAGAGAGAGAGAGAGAGAUUCCUGAAACAAAGCCCAAAGCUAUAUAGUAGUUAUAGCUUACGCUCUUAAUUUUUAUAACUUGCUAGUACUCAUCAUCUUGGGAUUCUCAAGCUUUAAAGAUUAUAGAUUAUAAUUAUAAUCAUCAUGGAGUCUGCAAAUCUCCAGCUCCCAGACCAGCUUGUUGGGUCUCCAGCUCCUUUGGCUGCCCCAUCUUGCUAUGGAUUUGGAAGCAAUCUUGCUAAUUGGUCCUCAUCAACUCCCACCACUACUUUUAGUAAUGUUACUAAUGUUGGUGACUACUCCAACUCAAACUCCGAUGGAAUCGUCUCAAACUCACCAACAAGGCAGAUAAGUACGACCGAUCAUCACCAUCACCAUCACAAUAUCCUAGUCUCUGAUCAUCAUAUUCCUCGCAACACUAGUACUACUACUUCAAAUCUGAUUCAGGACCUGGGCUUUCCCUGGUCUAGUACUAGUCAUCAGUUUGCUGCUUACAAUGACCAGCUUGCGAAAAUCAAGGAAGAAUUCUCGGAAAUGUCAUUUCCAAAAUUCACAGAAAUGCUUAACAGCCCCUUCAAUAGUACCGAUGCAGAUUAUGGAAACUCUCUCUUGACAACCCACAUGAUAAAGAACCAGCACAACAAAGAUAAUAUUUUCAGAGAUCUCAGUUGUAGUAGUAAUAGUACUAGUACUCCUACUAAUCGUCAAAAUCCCUUGGUCAAGACUUUGUCCUCUAGCUGUCAAAUCAACGCUCCAGAAUUUGACCACUCCAAUGAUCAUACAACUAAUAGUACUAAUAUUGGUCAUCGUCAGAGUAGUUCUAGUACUUUCGGAAAAGAAGGAUUGGCCGUGGGUUGCAGAGGGCAGUUCAGCCAGAUUUAUCCAAGUGUAAAUAUUUCAAACUUGAGUACCCAACAUUCUUUAAUGGGGAUGAACAUGAUCAACUUGAAGCCCGGUAUAAAUUUGGAUCAUUUAGCUGCCUCUGCAAGAUUUUGUAAUAAUACGGACAUGACUAGUACUACUACUUUUGGUCAGCCUUUAAGCAAUUUUGGAGUUGACUCGAUUCAGCAACAGCAGAGGACAUCAUAUGGCCUUAGUAAAGCGAUAUCAUCCUUCAACAGUGAAAUAAUAACAGAAGCAAAGAGAUCCAACUGUUUGAUGGAACCAAAAACGAGUACCCAAAAUAAGAAACCGCGGUUGGAGUCACGAACUUCUUCAUGCCAACCUUUUAAGGUUAGAAAAGAAAAAUUAGGAGAUAGAAUUGCAGCUCUUCAGCAGCUGGUCUCCCCCUUUGGCAAGACAGACACAGCUUCCGUACUAAUGGAGGCUAUCGGAUACAUCAAAUUCCUUCAGAACCAGGUUGAGACGCUAAGCGUUCCAUACAUGAAGUCCUCACGCAACAAGUCCUGUAAAACCGUGCAAGGGGGUCUAAAAGAUCAUCAAGAUGACAAUGAAGAGACAAAACGAGAUCUCAAAAGUCGAGGACUUUGUCUGGUGCCAUUGUCAUGCAUGUCUUACGUUACCGGCGACGGCGGCGGUGAAAGUAUUUGGCCACCAGUACCUAACUUCGGUGGAAGAAUUACUUAAUUUACCAUUUUAUCUAACAGUAGAUUUUCAACGUUAGAUCUCUCUUUAUAUAGGGCAACUAAGUCAUAUUUAUACUUCCUGCCACUUAAUCUUUUUAAGCCCAUGAUGUUGUUCACCAGAACUUUCACUCUCUAUAUGGCUUAAUGGAGCAAAUUUGGUCACCCUGCAAACGAGAGUACUCCAGGAUGGACCAAGUUUGAUCCAUUAACAAAUUCAUUAUCAUUAUAAAUGUAUUC